AUGUCAAAGACAAAGUCCAAGAAGCGCAAGCAAAACGCUCAAGCGCAGACUCAAUCAGAAAGCCCUCGAAAGAUCGCAAAGACAACAUCUCCCUUGAUACCGACACCUCCUCCCGAUGGCAGCACCACACCCUUCGAGCCAAAGAACCUCCACACUGUCGUUUCUGAGGAAGAACUUGAGAUCACUAUCGACACUCUCACAUCGCUGGCCCAAUAUCCUGGUUUGAUCAAGUCAAAGCUCUGCAAGGACCUUAGAGUUGCCGUAUACGACUUUCGGCAAGCUUGCACGACCGGUGUCAACAAUGCUGCUGGCGCGAACCUUACAGCGCAGGUCACUGCUGCCCUCGCCGAUCGGAAAUACACUGAAGCAAGAAUUUUUCUUGCUGAGAUGAAGAUUCGGGGCGAACAGCCCAAGCUUGGUGCGCUGUGCCGAUGGGUGCGAGAUCUCGAUGUCAUCAGCGGCCUGUCGACUGUGCCAGACCAGCAGGGUCUCGUGAAGCGCUCCGAAAGGGAAGAGACCCUGAUCAAGGUCAUCGAUUCCGUAUUAAGAGUCUGUGGCCACGAGGACCGAAACCCCAAUGCCGUGAUUCAACCAUCUUCAAUUGCUCUGCAGGAGAUUUGGGACCUCCGGCCAGACACACCCACCGAACAAGUAUACGCUACGGUCCUAGACGGCAGUCUCGUUUCUUCAGCGCCUGACUCUCUCAAGAAGAACCUACGCAUCAUCGAGAUAACGCCCGGUCCCGAACGCAAGCCUCCCAACCACCACGAUGCCAUCCUAUACGCCUCUACACCCGACGCCGUCCCACUGUCCACAACGCCACCGUCAACUACCUGUACUCCACAUCCUGUUGUGGCCGGUCUCAGCGUUGCUACGCAUGUUCUCUAUCCUGAGGAAUGUAAGGCUAUUAUCGCUGCUGGCGAAACAGUCAACUUUGUUCCUGAUGCGCCGCUGCGCGAGGACGGAGAUGUCAGCAUUCUGGCGCACAACUUUUACUGGGUUGUCGAUCAGACAUUUCACGAUACGCUCUGGUCGCGCAUCCGGUCAUUUGUACCAGAGUUUAUGAAUGGUCGCUUGGCCAGGGGAGUUAACCGUCGAUUCCGAGUCUAUCGCUAUGUUUCAGGAGCAGAGUACCGAGCACACAUCGACGGCGCAUGGCCCCCGAGCGGCAUAACGAAGGACGAUACAUACGUAUACGACAACUCUCCCGCUGAGAAGAAACAGAGCUCGCUAUUCACUUUCUUGAUCUACCUGAACCAAGAUUUCGAGGGCGGCGAAACUACAUACUUCCUGCCCGCUGCGCGCGAGGGAGUUUUGAACGCAUACCCAGUCCGCCCGAUCAUGGGUGGCGCUGCCAUUUUCCCACAUGGCGAGAUCAACGCUACGCUGCAUGAGGGUACUGGUGUUAGAAAGGGAGCCAAAUAUGUCAUUCGAACAGAGAUUGAGUACGAUAUUGAACCGUCAGAGGAGGUCAAGGUCUGA